AUGCAGGAGACGCAUAUCGUGGCCGAGGCCGACGACUUCGAGGACGAUGGCACUCAGUAUGAAGAGUCCUCUGUGGCGUCUUUGACAGCCAGUAUUCGAGAACAUCGAGCCGAAAAUGGCCGUACUUAUCACUCGAUGAGUGCUGGAAAGUACAACUACCCGAACGACGAGCGGGAGAAUGAUCGACUCGAUUUUCAGCAUGAGAUCUGGCAUCUCACCCUCGAUGGCGAGCUCGCCGUCGCCCCAGCCCACAAGACGGCAAAACGCGUCUUGGAUAUGGGCACGGGCACCGGAGUAUGGGCCAUUGACUACGCGGAUGCGUUCCCUUCUGCCGAGGUUAUCGGCGUCGACUUGAGCCCUACCCAGGCCGAAUGGACUCCUCCCAACUGUGUCUUCGAAAUCGACGAUUUGGAAAAGGAUUGGACAUGGACGAAGUCUUUCGACUACAUCUUCUGCCGAACAAUGGAGGGCUCCUUCGCAGACCCGGCAGCGGUCAUCCAGAAGGCCUACAAGGGUUUGGCGCCCGGUGGCUGGUUCGAGGCCGGGGGUUUCGUGCUGCCGCUGGGGUGCGACGACGGCACUCUCGUCGAGGGUUCGCCCCUGCACCAAUGGCAGGAGCUUAUGGUCGAGGCUGGCAACAAGAUCGGCCGCUCCAUCGAGAGCCCUGCCAAGUACACCGAGGCCAUGGAGGACGCCGGAUUUGUCGACAUUACCGUCAAGAAGUACAUUUGGCCGCUAAACUCGUGGCCAAAGGACGCCAAUCUCAAGGAGAUUGGCAAGUGGCACAACGUCAACCUUGACAUGGGCCUCGAGGCGCUAUCCCUUGCGCUAUUCACGCGCGCCCUGGGGUGGACGAAGGAGGAGGUUUUGGUGCUCUGCGCCGGCGCGCGAAACGACCUGAAAAACAGGAACAUUCAUGCGUACUGGAACGUACAAGUUACCUAUGCUCGAAAGCCUGAGACGGCCGUUGGUGAAGAUGCAACAUCGGCCUGA